AUGGAUGUCGCCUCUCCGCGUGCUGUGCGUGCUGUUAUCAGACCACCUCGUGGCCCUCUCGUAGUUGCUUCUGCUUCGUCCGUACGAAGAAUAGACCGUUUCCUGUUUCUCUCUUCCCUCCUCCUCCCCUUCUUCUCUCACACUCACCUUUCUUUGCUCUUCAUCGUUUUCUCUGCCAGCUCCUUCCAUUCCUGUUUCAUCUUGCUCCCCUUGUACCACACCAGUCCCCUUGUUCUUCCUGCCUCUCUCCCGUCUUCUCUCCUUCGUCCUCUCUCUUCCCUUUCCUCUCCUGAUCACCGCCUCGCCUCCGCAUCACAUUCCCGUUCCUCACCCCUCCCUGCUCCCUUCACUUUUUCUUCCCUCCCCCUCCCCUCCCCCCUCUUCCCUCCAGGGGCGGCGCCAGUACUUCCCCUUUCCGCCCGCCACGCCCUGCUCGACCCGCUCUUCCUCUCCGCGCCACUCCCCUCGCUAGACGCCGCCCUCCCCCUCCUCUCGCUCCCCCCCUCCAUUUCCGCCUACACUGCGCCCCUCCCUACCUCCCUCCCUACCUCCCUACCUCCCUCCCUCCCUCCCUCCCUACCUCCCUCCCUCCCUCCCUCCCUCCCUCCCUUCCUCCCUUCCUCCCUCCCUCCCUCCCUCCCUCCCUCCCUCCCUCCCUCCCUCCCUCCCUCCCUCCCUCCCUCCCUCCCUCCCUCCCUCCCUCCCUCCCUCCCUCCCUCCCUCCCUACCUCCCUCCCUCCCUCCCUCCCUCCCUCCUCCCUCCCUCCCUCCCUCCCUCCCUCCCUCCCUCCCUCCCUCCCUCCCUCCCUCCCUCCCUCCCUCCCUCCCUCCCUCCCUCCCUACCUCCCUCCCUCCCUCCCUCCCUCCCUUCCUCCCUCCCUCCCUCCCUCCCUCCCUCCCUCCCUCCCUCCCUCCCUCCCUCCCUCCCUCCCUCCCUCCCUCCCUCCCUCCCUCCCUCCCUCCCUCCCUCCCUCCCUCCCUCCCUCCUCCCUCCCACCCCCACCUCUUAUCCGUUUAGGCUGCUCCUCAUCGCCAUCUUCUGGCUUGCCUGACGAGGAGACUGCCAAAGAAGCCGUCAGGCCAGGAGGCUUAGAGGGCCCGCCUGCAGCUUCUCCUCCUCACACGUGUCCAAACGUUACUGGAGCAGGGAGCAUGCAGUCAGGGGGCGUUCACAGAUUCUUGGACCCCUCCCCACGCGCCACAGGGGAUUUCUCGUCAGCCAACACAGUGCAUAUCUCGCUCAAACAGUGCACGCCCCUCGCCAUCGCAGAGCUUCUCCCAUCGCCCUCACCCCCCUCUCUCCUUACCUUCGGAUGCGCCUCUCCACUCGCUGUCGCAGCUUCUCUUGUCGCCAUCGCUGCGCCGCCUCUCCCCUCGCCGUCACAGCGCCCUUCCCGUCACUCUCGCCACGCCUCUUCCCUCGCCUCUCAUCUCCUCUCCCCACGCCGUCACAGUGUCUCUCCCCCUUUCCGCCGCAGUGCCUAUUCCGGGGGUGUAACAUCACCUCCCUUCCUUGUCCUCUCUCGUCUCUGCCCUAUCCUAUGCCCCCUCUCUACCCUGUCCCAUCCCCUCAUUCCACCCUGUCCCAUCCCCUCAUUCCGCCCUAUUCCAUCCCCUCAUUCCGCCCUGACCUAUCCCCUCACUUCGCCCUGUCCCAUCUUCUCACUCCGCCCUGUCCCAUCCCCUCACUCCGCCCUGCCCCAUCCCCUCACUCCGCCCUGCCCCAUCCCCUCUCUCCGCCCUGUCCCAUCCCCUCACUCCGCCCUGCCCCAUCCCCUCACUCCGCCCUGCCCCAUCCCCUCACUCCGCCCUGCCCCAUCCCCUCACUCCGCCCUGCCCCAUCUCCUCACCAUCCUAGACGAGCAAGGCGCAAGGCUCAGACAAACUGCAUGGACGUGCGUGCCGCCUCACCUUGCAUCUGCUUUCAUCACCUCAAAGGUGCAGAUGAGCUACAUCACGUAA